AUGGAGAUGGUGACAGAUUUUAGUUUAGUGGAGGUAAUGGGUGCAUUAUAUGCAGUGCAAUUUUGCAAAGAGCUUCUAAUGAGAAUUCCGUUCCCUUCAUGGGUUUUCUUGAUACCCUUAUACUCAAUUUUCCUCAGCUUUUGUAUCUUUGUGGUGUCCGACCAAUGUUUGGAGACUCAGAAGUCCUUAUUGCUCCAAUUGAAGAACGACCUUACAAUCAGUCCUGUUACGUCCAAAAAACUUGCUCAGUGGAAUCAAACUGCAAAUUGCUGUUUCUGGGCAGGUGUAAACUGCUUGGAGGGACGUGUUAGUGGUCUCGAUCUGACCAACGAAGCCAUUUCUGGUAAAUUAAGCAGCCUCUUCAAGCUUCAGAAUCUCCAGAACCUGAGCUUGGCUUACAACUACUUCAACGGUUCUCAGAUUCCAUCGGAGUUUGGCAAGCUGACGAAUUUGAGAUAUUUGAACCUAUCAAAUGCUGGAUUUGGAGGGCAGAUACCAAUUGAGAUUUCGCAUUUGACAAGGUUGGUUUCUCUUGAUUUAUCUGCCGUUUACUUCCCCGAAUUUACUCGUCUGAAACUUGAGAAUCCAAACUUAAAUAUGUUGGUUCAGAACCUUCCGGAACUUAUAGAACUUCAUCUUGAUGGGGUAAACAUAUCAGCACAAGAGAAUGAGUGGUGCCAGGCCUUAUCUUCUUCACUGCCGAAUCUGAGGGUGUUGAGUUUGUCAAAUUGUUAUCUUUCAGGCCCCAUUGAUUCCACCUUACUGAAGCUUCAUUCCCUCUCGAUUAUUCGUCUGGAUAAUAACAAUUUGUCUAGUCCAGUUCCAGAGUUCUUCGCAAAUUUCUCUAAUUUGACGUCCUUGCGUCUCAGUUCUUCUGGGUUGAUAGGCACAUUUCCAGGAAAGAUCUUCCAGGUACCAACACUAGAGAUUCUUGACUUGUCUAAUAAUGGACAACUUCAUGGUGUUUUGCCAGAUUUUCCUCAGAAUGGAUCUCUUCGCACUCUGGUUCUUAGCCAAACAAACUUUUCAGGGACAUUAUCAGAUUCUAUCGAUUACUUCCACUCGCUGGGAAGAGCUUCUGAAUCUGGUAAGCCUUGA